AUGGCCAGCAAGCUUUUCCAGCACCCACUUCCCACUUCCCAAGCAAUUCCUUCAAUACCUAUAAUCAGAAAAAUCAUAACAGUUCAGAAAUUAGCCCCAGCAAUGCAGUCAACAACCAAAAGCAAUAGAUUUUUUGGGCCUCCAUCUGGUUUAAAGCACAUUCUCAAAGAUACCACCAAAGUUGCUAAAGAUAGCUAUAGCUUAGUUCAUGAUGGCAUGGAGCUAGAAGAAAAAGAGAAGGAACCAUCAAAGAACAGGACACCUGACCUGAUCAAAACAGACUUUUACCAGGCUUUCCAAGGAAUCAAUAGAGGGAUUUUCGGAGUGCAGUCUGCGAGAAAAUCUGAGAUUGAAGGGCUGGUGGAGUUGCUUGAGACCCAGAAUCCGACGCCUGACCCUGUAUUACACCAAGAGAAGGUUGGACGAUGCUGGAAACUUGUUUACACGGUUAAUGUGAUCGAGUUCAACAUUCCAGGUUUGAAUUUGUUAAAUGGACGGCUUACAAUAGAGGCCACUUUCAAGAUAGCAUCUAUAACAAGAGUUGACAUGUGUUAUGACAAAUCAACAGUUACUCCAGACCAGAUGAGGAAUGUACUUCGAAAAAAUGAUCUUCUUUUCAGCAUCUUCAAUCCAGAAGGUUGGCUCGAGAUCUCAUUUGUAGAUGAUACCAUGAUGAUUGGAAGAGAUGAUAAAGGUAAUACCUUCGUCUUAGAACAAUCAGAGUAA